AUGUUCCACUCCUUUGACAGCCGCCGUAGCCCCGAGGGCUCGGCCGUGAGCUCUCCAACAACCUCACGUAAGGUCAACCGCUCAUGUCAGGAAUGCACGAGACGCAAAGUCAAGUGCGAUGGUGGACAUCCUUGUGCGAGCUGUCAGUACUACAAGGUUGCAGACUCAUGCGAGUACAGGCAGCGAAGCAGACGACAUGCCGUCAGCAGAAGUACUCUUGAAAAGACUUCGGAGCAACUCCGGGCCCAGUCCAGCGUGCUGCAGGAACUAUUUCCCAACGCCAACGUGAAUGAUCUGGUAGGCAAGAGUCGAGCAGAGUUGCUAGCCUUAUUGCCGCGAGAAUCUCUCUUUGUUUUACGCUCCUCAGCUCCGCAAGCCGACCCGUCACCAGUUGGCGUCUCAGCGGCCGACGAGGAUGACGAUGACUCCGGCCUCGAUGACUCGGCGCAGAAUUCUGAAAAUGGAGAGGCUUCAAACGAUAGACGAUGGGACGAACCAGCCCAGCAGCCUGCGACCUUAGGCUCCAGCGACGAUAUCAACGCCGUCAGUCUUGCAACAGACCAGCACCGCCGCUCCUAUCUCGGCGCGACAUCCAUGAGCGCCGUUCUCAGGGCCAUUUUCCGUCUCUGUCCCGCUGCCAAAGAGCACACUGCUCAGAGGGCAAAGGCGUGGAACAACGUUCAUUACCAAUCCCAGCUGCUUCCGCCACUGUCUCUUGUCAGCCCAGGCGCGAGCUUGAACCCUCUGCGGGAACAGCGCUGUAUCGACUUUUACUUUGAUCACAUUCAUCCAAUAACGCCGAUUCUCAAUGAAGACGAUUUUAGACGCAAUCUUGCAUCAGGAACCCGUCUCGACAGCUCUUGGCUGGCCCUACUCAAUAUGGUCUACACCCUGGGUUCUAUCGCCUCCGGCAGCGACUCUCUCCACGUCCAAUACUACAAACAGGCCCGCGCCCACCUCGACCUCGAUUCCUUGGGCUCUGGUAAUAUGGAGAGCCUACAAGCUCUAUGCCUGCUCGGGGGCUACUACCUGCACUACCGAAACUCACCCAACAUGGCGUAUGCCAUCCUCGGUGCCGCUCAUCGCGUCGCUAUAGCCUUGGGAUUACACCGAGAACCCGCUCGCAGUCGCGCCGAGAACGUCGCAGAGCACGGCAACUACCUCUCACGCGCCGAAACGCGCAGACGCACCUGGUGGAGUCUUUUCUGCCUCGAUACGUGGGCGAGCAUGACCCUCGGCCGUCCAACGUGCGGUCGAUGGGACAGUAGUACCAUGGACACCCUCUUACCUACGCCACUAUUCCCCGACGACCACGUUGCAGCCUCCUUGAGAGCAAGCUGUCUGUUCUGCCACAUCUGCGACAGGAUUCAGCAUCGCUUUGCACAGCCCGCGCGGUUAUCUGCCCACGAGGCCAUGGCUUUCGACCGCGAGUUGGUAGAAUGGCACGACUCUCUCCCCGACUACCUUAAGAACCCAGCAAACUCUCCACCCCGCCUAACGGAAGCUCGCGAGUUCAUGCGGAACCGAUAUUUGAACGUCCGCCUCAUUCUUACCCGCAGCUUCUUACUUUACGUUGCACACGAUCAUACCCUCAGACGCGGCGCCACCGCCAUCUCAGCUGUCACUGGGCCUACUCCUGACGAGCUAGCCCUCGUAGACACCUGUCGCUCAGUCGCCAUGGAGGCCAUCGAUGCCAUAACGCUCUACUGGACACCCAACCGCGUCCAUGUCUGGAACUCGGCAUGGUACCUAUUCCAAGCAUGCAUGGUUCCCAUACUCUCAAUCGCCAUCGACGCACAUUUGCGAAACCUCACUCGCAAGCAACAGCAACAAUCACAAUCACAAUACCCACCACCACCCGUACUACCCGCAGUCUCCCCACAAACAACCACAAACCUGGGAAUAUUACCGAUGCCAACGGCAGCGAUAGCUCACUCCCCCGAGAACAACAUCCUCCUACCUUCGUGGUGCGCAAGCCUCACAAAGGCCCUCGAGCUCUUCACCGAAAUGCGCUCCUGGAUGCGCGCCUCAGAUCGCACCCCCGAUAUCGUUGGCGCCCUAUACGAAGCCGUCACCGCCGACCUCGAAGGCUCUGUGGCCGGCUCCGCCAUCCGCACGCCCUCGACUACCACAGACAAUAGUAUAGACAUGUCCAUGUGGUGCGACGAGCAGCUGGUGGAAAUGGACUGGAGUGCGUUCCUUGGUGGGGGUGGUGAUGGCGGCGGCGAUGACGGAGUGCAUAAUGGCAUGUUUGUUUUUUCGUAG